CGUCAUUCGUAAAAAUAGGCCGGCAGCAAACUUGAGUUGAAAUGGCAUCGCAACCACAUAGCAAGAAACGAAUCUGCUACUAUUAUGAUGGUGACAUUGGCAAUUACUACUAUGGACAGGGUCAUCCCAUGAAGCCACACAGAAUUCGUAUGACACACAACCUCAUAUUGAACUAUGGGCUAUACAGAAAAAUGGAAAUCUACCGCCCACACAAGGCUACUCAGGAAGAAAUGACCAAGUUCCACAGCGAUGACUACAUCAAGUUCUUGCGCAGCAUCAGGCCAGACAACAUGUCCGAAUACAACAAACAGAUGCAAAGAUUCAAUGUUGGUGAGGAUUGUCCAGUGUUUGAUGGCAUGUAUGAGUUCUGUCAACUCUCAACUGGUGGAUCAGUAGCUGGAGCUGUAAAGCUGAACAAGCAGGCUGCAGACAUUGCUGUCAACUGGGCUGGUGGGCUCCAUCACGCGAAGAAGUCUGAAGCCUCAGGAUUCUGUUACGUCAAUGACAUCGUACUUGCUAUUCUGGAGCUUCUCAAGUACCACCAGCGAGUGUUAUACAUCGACAUUGACAUUCACCACGGUGAUGGGGUCGAAGAGGCGUUCUACACAACUGACAGAGUGAUGACUGUCUCAUUUCACAAGUACGGUGAAUACUUCCCCGGCACUGGCGAUCUCAGGGAUAUUGGAGCUGGCAAGGGGAAGUACUAUGCUGUUAACUUCCCUCUCAGAGACGGUAUUGAUGAUGAAGCCUACGAGACCAUCUUCAAACCUGUGAUGACCAAAGUGAUGGAGAUGUACCAACCCAGUGUGAUUGUGCUACAGUGUGGGGCAGACUCCCUCUCUGGUGACAGGCUUGGCUGCUUUAACCUUACACUGAAAGGUCAUGGAAAGGCCGUAGAGUUCAUGAAGAAGUGGAACUUACCACUGAUGUUGCUGGGAGGAGGCGGUUACACCAUCAGAAAUGUAGCCCGGUGCUGGACACACGAGACCUCCAUUGCGCUGGGUGUGGAAGUGGCCAAUGAGCUGCCGUACAAUGACUACUUUGAGUACUACGGACCAGACUUCAAACUUAACAUCAGUCCUUCGAACAUGGCAAACCAGAACACCAACGAAUACCUGGAGAAAAUCAAGACUCGGUUGUUUGAAAACUUGCGUAUGUUGCCCCACGCGCCAGGUGUACAGAUGCAAGCCAUCCCAGAGGAUGCACUAGCUGAUGAGAGUGAUAAUGAGGACAAGGAAAAUCCUGACAACAGAAUAUCAAUUCGAGCAAGUGACAAAAGAAUUCACUGUGAUGAGGAAUUCUCAGACUCUGAGGAUGAAAUGUCUGGACCUAACGAGGGGGGUGGACGCAGGGACAGGACUUCACAUAAACCCAAAUCCAAGAGGCCGAAAACUGAAGAAGAGAAAAAGGCAGAGGCAGCUAAAGCUGAAUUGAAGGAUGGAGAAAAGAAAGAGCCUAAGAAAGAUGGAGGUGAUGCCAACGAGAACGCUAAGGAGACCAAGGAACAAACUGAAGAAAAGGAAAAGCCAGCAGCACCAGAGGGAGAAAAGAAAGCCACAGAGCCAGCUAAGACAGAAACUCCGGCUGAGGAAAGCAAAGAACCGACAAAACCAGAAGAGAAGGCGUUAUAGUCUGCAAAUAGUGCCGAUCUGGACAUAACGCAGUUACUGUUGACCUUAAAUAAACUGCAGAGACUUAAAAUAACAUCACACAUCAGCAAUUUGCCUAGCUAUUGCCUAGUGAUCAGAAGAAACUUGAUGUUUGUUAUGAAUAUUCAGGUUUUUGUCUUUAAUAUCAACGAGUGUAUGUCAAACUAUCAUAAUGUCAAAAAUUUUAGUUAAAAAUUGUGUCUAGGUUUCACAAUGAAUUGAGGGUGUUAUUGGCCAAUUUGCACAAGCUGUAUCCUAAACAGCCAAUAAUACAAAUUGUUUUGAAAAUAAGUAAUAUCACUUCUUACAAUUACAAAUAAUACAAAUUGUUUCAAAAUAAAUUAAUAUUUCUUCUUGGAAUUGCCAAUUCUAAAAAGUGGGUGUACGAGAUGAGAGUUGAUAAGGGGGCUGUAUAACUAUUGAAUAUUGCUUAGCAGGGAGUCAAUGCUGUAUAUUGAAACUUUGUGUGAAUUACACUGACAGCUGGAGGUCUGUUACAGUUUUGAUCAAAGUGUGAAAUGUGUUGCAGUAAAUAAAUAUUCAUAACGUUAACAUCAGAUUAAAUAGAUUAUUAUAAUUUUGAAUAUACAUGCAAAUUUGACUAUAUAUGGAAAUCACAUGUAUGGUGACGAGACACCAGUAUGAUUUAUUUUUUGAGAGUGAAAAACGUUUAUCAACAGCCUUAUUAUAAUUAUGUGAUUUAAUAUGAAGAAUAAUCAAUUUAUGUCUGCUAUUUGUCCUUUAUCACUGAAUUUCAUUCCAUCUCUUGCGUAUAUUUUUAACAUUCUUGUUCUCUUAAAAGGUUUGUUUUGCAUGAAAUUUUAUUCCAUUUUGUAUUGCAAUUUCCAAACAUUACGAGUUGUCAAAAUGGAGAAGUGGAAACAUUUCAGUAAAAAAAUCAUGGUUUACAAAUUUAACUUUUAAUACAUGAAGAGAUAAGUAAAAUAUGUAGCAAGAUUUCCAAACUUGUGUUCAUCCCAUUUUCAUUUCCAUUUAUCAUAGCCAUUCAUUGAUAAGCAUAUAUCGUUAAAAAUAGUUGAGUAAUAAUUUUGCAUGCUAUGUCAUGAAGUCUUUUUAUGAAUGAAUAAAUUAAUGCAAUGAAAAA